UAAGUUAAUUGCAUACACCUGUGAUUUUAUAAUGACGUGUGUUGGUUGCUCUUGAAGGCUGAACUUUGAGUCGUAUGUUAAGUUUUUUGUUUUGUUUGUUUGUUUAUUCAAUCAUUUACGGACAUAAUUUCGAUGGAGACUUUGAUCAAAGUGCUCGCCGUGCUUUGCUGCGUCUGUGGCACCGGAUUAUCCGGCUCAGCCGACAGAUCGGCCGGAGCCGCAAACACGGCUGAGGCUGCGGAUCCCAUCACGUACUACGGCAGUAUACUUUCCCAAAAGUUCAAAGCCUUGUCAGAGCAUUCCAUCGGAGAAGACCUCAUUCCGAGACUGAGACCCGACUCCAGAUACGUGCGCUACAUGAAGAGACUGUAUAAGAUGUCUUCGAAACAGGGCCGAGAUCCUGGGAGAGGCACAAGCCAUUUGUACAACACCGUGAGGCUGAUCACACCCCGCGAUGAAUGUCUUGAGCAGAAUCAAGAGUUUUUUAUGCAAGAUAUUUCCUACAACUUAGCAAGGGUUCGAGCUCAGGAACAGCUGCUGAAAUCUAUCCUGCUGUACUCCUUUGACAAGGACCAGGCCACACCACUGAGGUCUGUCUGCUAUCUGGAUGUAAAAGAGCAGGAGCCAGUCGGCCAGCAGCUCUGCUCCAGCAUUCACCACUCCGCCAGCUUCCGAGUGCGAAACGAGAAAAGGGGCCGCCACAUAUGGGUGGAGGUAGAUGUAACCCCCUUCCUGUUACCUCUCAUAAGGUCCCAGAAGAAGGAAAUCCAUCUUCUGAUCAAUUUAACCUGUGCUGAAGACAGAGACGCAGCUGGUAGCAUCCAGGGGCACAGAGGCCCUGGGGAACUAUCCCUCAGGUCUCCUUCUCUCCUUUUGUACCUUAAUGAUACGAGCAUGGUGGCCUUCCAGAGGUGGCAGUCUUUGUCAGGGUCAGAAAGUUUUAAAUCACCUGUGGGUUCCUCGGCAAGUCCGUUACCGACAAAGGUGUCCGAGCCGGUCAUGAAGGCCGCACGUUGGAGACGACGCGUAUUGAAAAGACAGGCGGCUCGACACGGCCCGCUAGCUCAGCUGACUGUGCACAUGCCGAGGUACGAAUUCCCAACUGAUGAUUGCAGCCUGUAUGACUUCAGGGUGAGUUUCAGUCAGCUCCGGCUGGACCACUGGAUCAUAGCGCCCCACAAAUACAACCCUCGCUACUGCAAAGGCGUUUGCCCCAGGGCUGUGAGCUCAAUCUAUGGUUCCCCUGUGCACACGAUGGUGCAAAACAUUAUUUAUGAGCAGCUGGACUCCUCAGUGCCCAGGCCCUCCUGUGUACCAUCCGAGUACAGCCCACUGAGUGUUUUAAUCAUUGAGAGUGACGGCUCGAUCGCUUACAAAGAGUAUGAGGAGAUGAUCGCGACGAAAUGCACGUGCCGCUAACGUUCUCUACUGGGGUGUCAUUUUACCAGCAUGCAAUGCGAAAAGUGUGUCACCUUGAAGUUUUCGAUAUUCAGUAUUGAACUCUUACCUGUAAAUGUACUAAAUUGUUGAGUUGACUGGGAUGAGGUGCAUUCCAUGGUAUUUGGAAAUCUGGAGGAAAACUUGUAUAAAAUAUUUGGAUAAAUGUAAACAAUGUGUAAAUGCUGAAAUAUUUUUUUCUUUUUCUCAAUUGUAACGAUUUCCCUCAGUUAUUAAUGUUUAUUUAAUUUAGUUGCAAAACAAAAUGUCUUGCAUAAAAACAGAAGAGGUGAAAUGGCAUAGUUUUUCAUUUCAGCUGUGAUUAGAAAUAACCUUUGUUUUUUUGUUUAUUUUCUGUUUUUUGUUCCUAGUUCCCUACUCUGUACAUUUUUAUGUAAUUCUGUUCUAGGCAAAAUAGGGAAAUUGUAGUUCAGCGUUCUUAAAGCAUUUUACUUUAAUUUUAUACCGGGUUAAUGCAUAUAGUUGUCUCAGAGACAGCGGUUUCCAUCCAUGUCGAGACAGAAAGUCGUCUUAAAGUGAGCCACUGAAAGUCUUUCACAAUUAUUAUUCUCAGCCUUGAAAAUACUGUGUGGAGAAUGAAAUGUACAUUUAACUAAAGUUAAAAGGCAUUUAAAAGCUAUUUAAAUCAUGCCUAUUUAUGGGAAAGUAUGCACUCAAAGAGCUGGCCAGUCAACUUUUGGCAUCACAUUAAAUUUGAAUAUUUUGGAAUAUUCAAAGGAGAAAGUGGAAUUAAAAAAAUAAAGCACAUUCAGCUGUG